AUGACUGCCCCUCGUUUGCUUCAAAAGCCGUCACUGAGCGUAAACCGUCCUACCAUUUUCCUUAUUCAUCGCACCGCCAUAUCCUCCAUCCCUCGUCGCAGGACCUUUUCGCAAUGCCAUUAUCGCCCCCAACAACAUUCCGAACGAGAACUACAAGAGCGCCUACAAGCUGCGCGACCCCUCGUCCCACAUCGCGCAGCGCGCAAGUUCACACAAGCGGGCAGCAGUCGUAAUUCGCGUCUCACCGUGAUAGCAACCGUCCUCGCUGCCAUUGGCUUCUACUUCUACAACUCUCAAACCGUUCCGGUCACAGGCCGUCGAAGAUUCAACUUCCUCUCUGAUUCCAUGGUCGCACGCGCGCAUUCGAAAGCAGCUGCACAGGUUAUCGAGCAGGUCAGAGCGCAAGGUGGUCAUUUCCUAUCAGAAUGGGAUCCAAGGACUAUCCUGGUCAGGAGGGUAAUGAAGAAGCUAAUCCCCGUGAGCGGCAUGGCGGACCUCAAUUGGGAGAUAUUCGUGAUAGCUGAUAAUAGAACAGCAAACGCCUUUGUCCUCCCUGGGGGUAAAGUGUUUGUGCAUAGUGGUAUUAUCAACGUCUGCCGCAGUGAGGAUGCCCUCGCAGCGGUAUUAGGGCACGAGAUCGCGCAUAAUACAGCCUCUCACGCAGCAGAGCGCCUCUCUGCAGCAUGGGUAGGAAAUCUCACAGCCGGAAGCUUGUUCUUCCUCGCUGGAGCUCUGCCCGGUCUUGCACUCUUUGGGCUCUGGAAUGUCGUGGGAGGAUAUUACCUACAAGAUCUACUAUUCUACCUUCCCAUGGGUCGAAAGCAGGAGAGCGAAGCAGACUACAUCGGCCUAAUGAUGAUGGCCGAAGCAUGUUAUGACCCACGCGCAGCUUUGGGCUUCUGGCAGCGAAUGCACGCACUUCAGCAUGCCAGUGGAGAAGAAGCUCCAGAAAUGCUGAGCACUCAUCCAUCCAACGAGAAUCGGAUUGUAAAGAUUAGUGAAUGGCUGCCAAAGGCUCUUGAGAAGCGAGCGGAGAGUGAUUGCCGUGGAACAGCAGCGUUUGCGGACCGAUUCCGAGACGCGAUCAGAAGACGAUCUACUACAGUUGUCGUAUAA